AUGAGCAGGUGCUUGCACCCCGGCCGCAUCCUGCCAUUCGGUCGCAGGCCAGCUUCGCGCCUUCCUUUCCUUCCUUAUCGAUCUGUCGCUCCUUUUUCUCGGCCAACAUGGAGUCAAUUCACAGAGAAAAGUCGUCGCGAUCAACGAAAUGUCAAUUACCCUGACGAAAUCAUCUUUCUACGCCAAUACAAUGUGAUCAACCACCCUCGGCUCACGCACGACCAGAAAAGGAACAUCGCCGCGUGGAUUCCGUUAUUGAGGGAGUAUCUUCAACGAGAAGUUGCCAAACCUGCAGGCCAGGCAGGGCGGCUUCGUCCACUCCGCGAAUCCCAAGAUGAACUUGACCGGACCCACGCUCUUAUGGGGUGUCUUUGGGAUGCCAGAGUGCACUUUGAAUAUGAACUCAUUGCGCAUCUGGGAUUUGAGUUGAAAGAGUGGACUAAUGUGGAGGCUCUACUAAACAGUUUGAUUGACACCUAUGAAUUGCUCGUGCCUCACAUGCCUCCGAAGCAUCCUUUACAUGGGCUGGAUUGGGACAAACCGUUUCGCGUACGACGGCAUCAUGAACCAGAAUCCGACCUGGAGUCUCCUCUUGCCUCACAGGUCUCCCUUAGCAAGCUUAGCGGAGCAACACGACCGAACUCUGCCUGGAAAUGGACACGUUUGAAGCCUGUCCCGUCAGACAGCGUUUCCCUUGAUACACUGACGGUAGAGCCUGCACCGAGGUUCUUUGGGGAAAGAAUACUGGCCGAAGUGCUUGCAAGUCUGGGCUCCCUAGUUCUACAUGCCUCACAAGCGACGCCAAAUGAUUAUAAAAUUGCAAUGUCCUGUGUGUUCAGGAUUCUUGCACGUCUGCACCAUGCAGGAAUGAUAUCUGAUCGAGUGUAUCAAUAUCCGCCUCCAGAUGCUAGUCAGAGUGUGUUCCGCCCGCCAGGACUCCAUCUCUUGUCCAACUCCAUCAUGAGCGUUUUAUCCGACGCGGCCUGGCAUGAACAUCAAGCGGCUGUGGCUGCCGCGGCUGCCGAUGCAGGAGAGACAUCACCUUUCAUUCCCUAUACGCCGGGCAUCCGAGAGCUGGGCCCCGAGAUUUGGUUGGAGCUCAUUCUAUGGUGUUGUGUCGAGCAUGGGUUCUGCAAAACAGGCUCACUUCUUGUGAAACAAAUGAACUUGCAGAAAGAGUGGAAAACGCAGAGUUGGGCGCCUCUCAUCAAGAACCUCGAUAUAGUCAAACAAACCAACAUCAACGCCGAGCAAUCUUGGCGCCAGCCCGGUCAAGAUGAACAACCGCGGACGUUCAAACGUCAGAACAAAAAUCCAUUCAAUGGGCUUGGACACCGGGUCAUCAGCGCUGAGGUGAUUGCCUCGCUGCGGAGUAGCUUGACAAACAGGGCCUAUGUUGGAAUGGGGGACCGCGGAUAUCUUCCCAUGGACCUGGUCAACUUGUCAACCCCUCUCACCAAGAUUUUGGAGCAUCCUUCCUCCAGCCGUGACCUCCUACCAACAAACAGGAAUGCCAAUUGGCAGAUCGUACGGGUGCUGAACUCAGGUUGUAUAAGACCAUCAUCUGACCCUGUUACCUUUGAGGCACUCCUGAGGUCUUACAGCAAUGUUGUACCUCCGUGGGAAGGAGACGAGCUCAAACAAGCACAAGAGCUGGAUGGCAAAACGCGGGCGCAAUUCUACGAUGAAAGCGCUGCCUUCACUGGAUUGAUAGAGUACAACCUCAAUUAUUAUGCUCGGGACAAACAAAGCGGACGCCUUUUUCACGAGUAUGGUUGGCUCCAGAACAUUGCCGAUGCGAGCAAGGCACGGCACAUUCAGGCAUUCUUCACAAAGUUGACGGAGGCCAGCGAGGAAGAAGUUCCCUCGCUCUUUGAUUUUCAGUCAUUUGAACCCCACAGCGUCUCUCAGUCGUCUAUCCCGCAGCUAUCAUAUGCCACCUUUGCCAACAUACUUGAUGUGGCAACUACAACCCAUGCUUUCGAUUUUGGCAAGCAACUACUUCUACACGAUGACAUUGAUGGCCCUGCCAUCCCUCUAAGCGCAUAUGGCAACCAGGCCUUGGCGCCGUCAAUACUCCGAUUUGCAGCUGCCACCAAUAACUAUGCGCUUGGCGACAGUGUGGUAUCUGCCCUCGAGAUACCUCUUACUGUCAACACCAUCAAAUCCUUGAUCAAUUUCAGCAUCGCCCGAAACGAUUGGAGACGUGUGGUGAUCAUGCUCGACUUUAUCACCGAGAACCGAGCUAAGUCGUGGGGGUACACCAACAUCAGCGCGUUGGCGAGUGCAAUCAUUCGGCUCGACGCCACCGUUCGGCGCAAGACUGCCGCAGGUACAUUGACUCAGGCAGAUACCAGCAAUCUCAAGUCUGCCAUAGACAUUCUGCUGCGUAUCUUCCGCGGCGAGUGGAAUGCUAGCAACACUCGUGAGAAAGUCAGGGUCUUCCAGCUUCGGGCACUGUCUCGUAUGCAUCGUGUGCUCUCCCUCAUCCCGGGUCCUCUACAAACUGUACUCAAAGACGUAGAGCCACCCAAGGAGAUCACAGGACAUCACAAGGCCACCUUCAUCCCUCCAGUUGCCUUCCACGACAUAUUUGCUGCCGUCGUGGAAACGCAGGGCGCGAUCGCCGGCAAGCAAUUCUGGGAUAAAGUCUGCGUCGACUGGAUCCCGCCCAACCGCAUGCUCCAAGCUCCAGGCGGUGUUGCCCGGCUGCUUUUCAGCAACGAGCGAACCCACAGCAACGGCAGCCCAGGAUGGGAUGCGAAAUACGUCGCUCAUGUCCGAAAAAAGGCCACGGUAGCAGACCUCAAUACCAUCCGCAUUCUCGCGCGUACCGCCGUCCGGGAAUAUGCCGAGGAAGUAGAAAAUUCCACACGCCCAGCCAGCGAUCGCAGUCGCGCUAAGAUACCCCAACCCAAUACCCCCUCCGCCUCCUCCAGCCUCUCUUCCUCUUCCUCCUCAUCAUCAUUCACCUACAACCCCGACAUCCCAUACAAACCCUCCAUCUCCAAAGCAGAAUACCGCUACCAAAGAACGAAGGGCAAGCCACCCCAGACAGAAUUGGAGUCUAUCCUGGACUUCUGUCUCGAGACUUUCCUCAAAUUCAAUCUGCCGGAAGACCAGCUCGAUAUCGAAAUCCCAGGCCACAUGCGUCGCAUGCAGAACAGAGGUGUCUUUACUUCCCCUCUGCGUGGUCCUGUCAGACAGCGCAUCAAGUACAACGCCGAAGAUCCCUGGAUGCACUCUUCCUGGUCGGAGAAGUUGACGCAUUCUAUGCCGCCGCCAGACAAUCACAGGUCAUAA